GUUAAUAGAAAAUCGGGGGGCAUUUGGGUAAGCGUGUUACUUCGUCCAAGUUCCGUUGAAGAUCCAUGUCCGAAGAGGCCUGAUUUCAAAACAAAAAGCGUGAAAUGUAUGAGGCGCAGCGUUUCGUGGAUUCGCAAGAGAAUGCGAAUUUCGGGGACCCAAAAUCGUGGCUUUCGGGGGAGGAUCACAACUCGUCUCCGACUCACCGGCUAACUCAGUCCUCACUCGCCAACUCAACCGCUACCGCCCCAGCGGGUCCAAGUGGCAGCUUGGAUCGGGUCCUUUUCCAAGACCUUGUAGAGAUAGUCCCUCUCGUUCAGUCUCUCAUCGAUCGGAAGCCGAGCAGUUCGUUUACGCGGCGGGGUUCGAUGAUCUACACAAAGACGCCUUCAAGAGAAUCGUUAUCGAAAAAAGUGACUGAAUCAAAAGGACGGACUGCAGCUCAAUCCAUUCCCACCAAAAAGAGAAGAGAGAACACUAGCAACAACCCAGAUGCUGACAACUUUUCAGUUUUUUCGUCGAGGGCUUUGGCAGCAGAAAAGGACAGAGAAGAGUUGGUCAUGUUAAAGGAACAAGUGGAGGAUCUGCGAAUGAAAUUAUCGGAGAAAGAUGAACUUUUGAAAUCUGCGGAGAUCUCAAAGAAUCAGGUGAAUGCUGCUGUUCAAGCUAAACUUGAUGAACUGAGACACCAAGCUUCACAAAAGGACUCUUUAAUAAAGUCUACGCAGCUGCAACUUUCUGAUGCAAAGAUUAAGCUUGCGGACAAGCAAGCUACGCUUGAAAAGAUACAGUGGGAAACAAUGACAUCCAACAGGAAAGUGGACAAACUCCAGCAAGAGUUGGACCGCAUGCAAGGAGAAAUUUCAUCAUUUAUGCUGUUGUUUGAAGGCUUGACAAAGAGUGAUUCCGCUGUAUAUGCUGAUGAUUAUGACCUAACAGCAAAAUAUUUGGAUCAUCUGCCUUGUAAUGAUGAUUUGGAUGAGAUGGAGAUGCAAAGAAUGGAUGAAGCAAGAAAAGCUUAUAUUGCUGCAGUUGCAACUGCAAAAGAAAGGCAAGAUGAAGAAUCUAUUACUGCUGCAGCCCGAGCAAGGUUACAUCUUCAAUCAUUUGUUCUGAAAGCCUAAAGUUGAGCCAGGGAGUUCUUUAGCUUGGAGUAUUUCCACUCUAGUUCUUAGGUAUUGAGAGGCUUCACACUAUGAGGUAUUUCUCCCAGCAGAAAAAAAGUCUUGAUUUUUUCCCCCCCUUCUUUUUUCUCCCUGUGUGUUGCUUGCUGGGCUGUUGUUGAUAAUUAUAUCUGAAUGAUGCAAGGAUAAGCUUUCCACUUGCUUUUCAAAUGUCUUUUUUGUUCCUAGAUGUUGAAUGGGAACUAAUAGAUGCAAUGUGUGUAUCUGAGAGGGUCCUUUCAUUUUCAAGGAGCUGAAAGUUGUACGUAUUCUUUGUUCUUGCAAGUGUUCUACCUUUGUUCACAAGAGCAUUCCCAAUGGAAGAGCCAUAUUUUUAUGUAAAAUGGCUCUUCAAAACUCACUUUUAUCUAGUUUAGCUAAGCCAUUUUUAAGUGUCUACACAUCCGAUUAGCUAUAUUUCUAAAAAAAAGGUGGGAAAAGAUUUGGGAAAAAGAUAAAGC